GUGACCGUAAUUUGCGCGAUGCUGAAUUAAUAUCCUGUCGAUUACGACGCGUGGAGCCACUCUGUCGCCUGCCUGGCUCAGCGCUGCAGCAAUUGGCUAUGUGUGGGUUUUACGAAGACUUGGAGAAGGGCGUCACACUUUUUCGUGCUGGCGAACAAGGACGAUUCUGGUAUGCUGUUCUAGGCGGUUCUUUGGAAGUGAGAUAUCAUGCACCUGAUACUGAUGGCAAGGCUCCGGUUACACUCUGCAAUCUGGGAGUGGGCGCCACCUUCGGCGAAUCAAUUCUGCACGAUUUGCCACGUGACAGUACCGUAGUCACGAAAACAACUUGCGAGCUUCUACGUGUGGAACAACAAGAUUUUCGACUCAUUUGGGAAGUUGAUGAAUGACAUUAUUACCAGCUGCAAAUUAAAGAAUGGUUUUGGUCCUGGUGUUCAGCCUGCUGCAAGUUCACCUAUCAAACGACCACUAAGCCCGGAUCAUCCAAAUCCAGCAUUACCAAUAACUGAGUCUCCGAGUCCUGCUAUGAACCGCAUGGGAUGGGCAUUACGUACUUUACUCGUUGCUGAUAAUUCAAGUUGUCUUAAGGACAGAAAAGUUUCUGGGAAAUUAAUACGCAAGUGUGCUCCUGGCACCGAAUUAGUUGACUGGCUGCUAAAUCUGUCACCAAUCGUCCACACACGUGCCCAAGCGGCUGGUAUGUGGCAAGCUCUUUUAGAGGAAGGAGUAUUAUCACAUGUAAACAAGGAACAACCAUUCAAGGAUAAAUGUUUCUUAUAUCGAUUUCGAAUUGAUGAAGAGGGUGGUGGUUCCCCUACAACUGAUGACGUUAACUCAGCUAAUGAACAUAUACGAGAAGCAUUAGGUAACCUAUUCCAACGUGGCCCAGACGCCACACUGCGUAUGAUUUUAAGAAAACCAUCACAUGAACGCACACCAGAAGAACUAGAAUUGGUAUUUGAAGAACUUCUGCAUAUUGCUGCAUUAUCUCAUCUCUCCACCAGCAUCAAACGGGAACUGUCAUCAAUAAUUGUAUUUGAGUCCCACGCUCAAGCAGGGACUAUUUUAUUCAAUCAAGGCGACGAGGGGCGCUCCUGGUAUAUAUUGCUCAAAGGUUCCGUAGAUGUUGUGAUACACGGCAAAGGUACUGUUGCCACCCUAAAGACUGGCGAUGACUUCGGUAAACUCGCAUUGAUUAACGACGCACCCAGAGCUGCUACAAUUGUCCUGAAGGAAAAUAAUUGUCAUUUAUUGCGCGUAGAUAAGGAGCAUUUCAAUCGUAUACUGCGUGAUGUUGAAGCUAAUACACUCAGAUUGCAGGAGCACGGAAAGGAUGUUUUAGUUCUAGAGAGAGUUGCAAAACAACGGGGACAACAUUCGGCAUUCAAAUACACUGUCAUGUCUGGCACACCAUCAAAAAUGCUGGAGCAUUUACUUGAGACACGUCUCGGUAGUCAAGUGAGUGGUAUGGAUCCCUUCCUAGAUGACUUCCUACUAACGCACAUAGUUUUCAUGCCAGUUGUGCAGUUAGUGGAUGAAUUGGCGAACUAUUUUCACUGUGAUAUCAAUGAUGGUUCGCAUACUCCCGAAGAUCGGGAAUACAUAAUAAAUUUCAAGAAGCGCGUCGUACAUUUUAUGCAAAAGUGGGUUAUGGCUGUGCGUCAUGCGGCUUUUGAAGAACCCAGUGUCUGUGAUUUUAUAGAGGAUUUAGCUGCAGAAAUUGAAGCUGAUCCAGAUUUACACGAAGAAACAAGUAUUAUACAUAAUGUAUUAACACAAAUGGCACGUUAUCAAGAAGAUCGUAAUCAGAAUGCUGGACAGAAAUGGAAACUACCACCCAAUGGUCAACCAAUCUGUUUGUUCAGUGGUAAUGCUACACCAUCGAAAACUGUCAUACGACCAGAUGAUGAUAUAAUAUUUCGGGUAUAUUGUGCUGACCACACUUACUGCACAUUACGUUUUCCUCUUCAUACAACCGCCGAAUUAGUCAAAGCCUGUGCAGCAGAUAAACUACAAUUAAAUCGAGGUCCUGAUGACUUGGUUAUGGUGGAAGUUAAAUCAAAUGGUGAACGUUGCGUCUUUAAGGAUAACGAUGUUAGCAUACCUACGGGCUUAAGUUUAAAUGGACGCCUUUUUGUUUCAGUUAAGGAUCAUUUAGAUGCCUUGACUCCUUUACCGGAACAAGAGGGUCCAACGGAGGGAAUUGAAAUGGACUUAGAAAUUUUAAGCACCAAAGAAAUAGCUUACUAUAUAACAUUAUUCGAUUGGGAUCUGUUUUGGGCAGUGCACGAAUAUGAAUUAUUGUAUCACACCUUCGGCCGUCAUCACUUUGGCAAGAUUACCUCCAACCUUGAUGUAUUCCUACGACGGUUUAAUGAGCUGCAGUACUGGAUUGUAUCUGAAAUUGUUUCCACUCCCAGCAUGAGUAAACGCGUUGGGCUACUAAGAAAAUUCAUUAAAUUAGCUGCAUACUGCAAGGAGUACCAAAAUUUGAAUGCUUUCUUUGCCAUUGUAAUGGGAUUAUCAAAUAUGGCCGUUUCACGUCUACAACAGACCUGGGAUAAAAUACCAUCGAAAUUUCGUAAACUAUUUCAAGAGUUCGAAGCACUCAUCGAUCCUAGUCGUAACCAUCGCGCAUAUAGGGUUUUCGUGGGUAAAUUGCAACCACCAGUAAUUCCAUUUAUGCCACUAUUGCUCAAGGAUAUGACAUUCGCGCACGAAGGCAAUAAAACCAGUCUAGAUGGUUUGGUGAAUUUUGAGAAAAUGCAUAUGAUGGCACAAACGAUGCGUACGAUACGCUUUUGUCGGUCUCGUAGUUUAGGUCUUGAGCCGCCAUCACCUAAAAGUGAGGGUGAAGUUCGCUCGUACAUUAGCUGCUUACGUGUCAUUGACAAUCAACGCGCCCUAACCGCAAUGUCGCAAAAAAUCGAACCAACGAGGAAAAAUUAAAAAAUUACUACAACUAAUAAUCGAGUAAUUGAGUUCAAGAAUUUAUAGCGAACAGAUUUUAAAGUAUUUAUUAAGUAAAAUUGUAAAGUAAAUUAAGUUACGUGGUGUAUGCUGUUCACACCUAUAGUGUAUGAUAUUUCUUUUAUGUACGGCAAGUACGACAAAAGAGAUCGCUUGGUACGACUUAAGAUUAUCAUAUUUUUCCCAGUACAAAUAUAUGGUUAUUUUUCUGUUAAUAUAUACCUUCUGAUUAAAAUAAGACACCAAAAAUAUAGACUCUUAUUCUAAUGUUUUAUAACCUUACAUAUGUGUUUCAUGUUAAAAUUUCUUAAAUUAAAGAAACGAAAGGUACAAGUAGAACAUUGAAGUCCAAAUUUUUUAAUAUUAACAUUUUAAGCAAUUCUUUAGAGUUUUACGAAUCCCCAGCUCAAGAUCUAAAUAAAACUUAACCUUAUCUAUCAGCUAAGACGAUAGGAAUAAGACAGAAUGCUUGUACUGUAUAACUUGGCAAGUACACAUAUAAAUUUGAAAAUGAUCAGUUUUAUAAUUCCGAAAGUAAACUUAAAUGACGUAAACUUGUCAUUAAACUACGUACCUACUAGAUACACAGUCGACUUCGGUCUAGCUUUCAUCUCUAUACAUUAUAAGGUAUAGGCACCUUACCGUUAAGGGUGAAGUACAACAUCACUUAAAUAACUUACACAGCACUGUAUUCCUCUGUAGUAAUUUUCUGGCAAUAACUUAGUUAUAACUCUAAGGAUUCAUUCAUUCUCAAGACCUUGAGUAUAGUCCGCUUAAAAGAGAUCUUUUAAGUAACCCCACAAAACAACACAAAAGUCCUGGUUUGACUAAUCGCAUAACCUUGAAGACCGUUUGACACCUACAUUAAAACGUGUAAUGAUAUAUCUGAGGUCUUCCUCACGCAACAAUCCAAAAUAUAUAUGUAUUGUAUGGCAUUGUGGCAUUAUAGCAUUUUGAUAUUGUGUUAUCGAAACCACAUAUUAUUCACAUAUGUAUCUCUAUAUCUAUGUCAGAAUAAAAAAUUGAUAAUCUUUUGUGACUGUAGUAAUAGCAUCACAUCAUUUUUAAAACAGUGCAAGUCUGUCACACCUUCAGAUGAAUUGUUAUCAUAAAUGAAUUCUUGUGAAUGUGUUUUAACAGUUACUUGUGGUUUCUCAUUAUUCCAGAUACCAGAAAACGAAUUUGUGUGAUGACACAUACAUUAAACAAAAUAUAAGCCUCAUCCCUAAGAAAACUUGAUUCGAAAAAUCAAGCGGUAUUGCUCAAGCACCGAAUAUGUGUAUCUUCCAAGUAUUGCUUGGUUUAUAUUGUGAAACGUUAAGGUGAAGACAUAAUAUCUUGGAUAACAGUUUUUUAUAAGAUAUGUUAUCUCAAAGAAACAGUGUUGCCAAAUGCAAACACGAAAUCAGUUCAGACCUUCACAUUAGUUAUAGUAAACGGAACCUAUAAAUUCCUAUUGCUUUUUUUUACCAAUAUAUCCAAUUGUUAACCCUCUUAUGUCAAAUAUGACUAAUUAUCUUCAAAAAUAAACGUUUAGAAAUAAAAAUACAGAAUUUCCUUGAUAACUAUUAAAUCAAUCUUAAUGUUUAAAUCGGGCCCUUUAUUGAUAUAUGGCUUUUCUGAUUUUUCUCUCUUUUUCUUUCUUUUAAUUUUUUUAAUUUUUUGGUUUAACUUAUAGUUUAGAUUCAUUUAAAAUUUAUUUAAGUAUAAGUACUGUUAGGAUCCAUAGACGCAACAUUAAAAACAAUAAAUACCUAU